GUCAGCUCCAACUUUAACAAUCCAUUGAAGAAGGACUACUCCACGGAUUUUUAUUUUGCUUGAAAUCGGCUCACUUCUGCAUUAGAAGCUUUGACACUCACUACUGUCUUAAGGAUACACACUCCUCUAUUGUCAUUGAGCCAGUCCACAUCAUCUGAGACAACGGUACGCUGAAAAAUUGGGACAUGUCCGCGUAUAAUUGCCGAGUCGAGGUCCAGAUUAAAUCCAUUUGCUAUCCUGAAACAUACUUAAAUGACAGCGACUGUGUGUAUGCUGCUGUCCGCUUAUUUGGAACAACCCAACUGACCAGUUUGGUCUCUCCAACCUUUCCACUUAUUUUCCAUGACAAAUUUGAAUUCGAAAAAUUGUUUUUAGAUAUUUCUACCAUCGAAGAUGUUUACAGGUGCUUCAAAAAUAUCACUAUUCAUUUCGCAUUUUUUCAAACAUACCACCCAGAAUUCGGUGGGACUCUUCUGGCUUAUAAGGAUGGAAAUGCGUACGAUGUUCUGAUUCGUGAUAGCCAUACUUGCGAAAACGGCUUUCUCUGCUCUCAUGAAGUAUACUUACAUCCAACACUCAGGUCCCUGGUAUCCCCAGUUUGCAUGAAAUUCACCACCACCAUCUCGAUUCAGAAAGCUGUGGUAACCAAAUGUGCCUGUUUACAGCAAAACCGCUAUCCUGAUAUUUGCUUGGAAGAACAACCUAAACCGAGGGUGAACAACUUCAAACCUGCUCGGAUGUGUGCAACAAUCGCGUCUCCAGUACGAGUCUGUCCUACUACGGAACGAGAACACGCAGAUGAUAAUAGUUUACCUUACUGUCAAUGCGAGCUUUUAUUGCCGCAAACAAGGGUAACGGCGAAACCCACUCAUCAAGAGCAACCAAAAUCCUACCUUGGGUCUAAGCCCACAUCAGGCUCACCUUCAUUCCGACCAAUGUGUCUACGUCCUUCAUAUUUCAAUUCUUCAGAUGACAGUGCAAAUCCUGCAAUCGCUGGGUACUUGUGCAAAUCUCCAUUAUUACCAUGUUUUCUUUGCGACAAAGAUUGGAGCCUCGAACAUUACAGAAUGUCUGAUGCAACCAAACUUAAUGACCUACUACAUGAAGUUUGGCAUCUGUUUUACACCGUCAAAGAUCCAAAAUGUCCUUGGCAAAUGGGCAAUCAUGAAUUUUCUGCUUCCAUGCGGACACACACCAAUGCAGCUGCAUCGAGCAAUGCCAAAGCAAUUGUGUCUGUCUUUGAAGGGGGUCGCUGCCGAUGUGCGGAUUGUCAACCUCUAAAUAUUGGCGAGGCGUGCGAGCUGAAAACGCCUACGAAGAUGGUUACUGCCUCAAUUACAGACAUGUUAGUACGGGAAGUGCAAGUCGAAGCGUUGAAGAACAUUGGCUGUCUAACAAUCAGUGUUAAACCCAAUCCAGUCCCCUCAGUUACAUUGCACACGGCACUGAAUUGUGAGCCUAUAAAAACUGAGGUUGCCAAACUUUUUUCCAUUCCUCCGUCGAUUCUACCGGAACAGGAUGAUAGAUUAACACUACAUCCGAUUCGUUAUCAACAUAUUGCGCCUUGUCCUUGCCUGGACACACCGUCCGCGAUGGAAGGGCCUACAGCAAAACAUUGCAAAUUUUGUGUUUCUUAUGCUAACGCACCAAACACCGUAGCUUACCUGCACUCAUCAACGUUCGGAAAUUGUGCUUGUACGUUAACUUCUAGCGCGAAGACAGCUCAAAUUGGGUCACCUUCGGCAGACUUAAGUUUCGAACAUGCACAAUUUGGUCCUCUUCUCCAAAAAAUCGAUGGUCACGAUAAAUCGACUCUAAAACGAAGCACUUGCUCUUUGUUGGAGAACUGGGAAGAGUUAGCAGCUUCAAAGAAGAAUAGCUUGGUGGGGAACCAGAAAUCACUCUUUUCCCGUUCAUCUGUUGUUCCUCAUCGUUUUUCCAGACAACAUGCAGUCUGUACAUCAGCUGUUAGGCUUCGGCCAGGUAAUAUAACACACUCAGAAGAAGGUGUUUCAGAUAGGUUAAUCAACGCAAGACUUAAUUUGUCGGCUGAAUCAGCGACGGACACGCGGUCGAAGCUUCACCCUCUGCAGGUGAGAAACGGCUUUUAUUCCGAUGUACCUUUUCCUCAAUCAAGGCAGUUCCUGGAACAAAAGGAAAACCUGGGAAACCUUAUUGUUCAGAAGUAUCAUGUAACCCGAGAAAGUAAUCCUCACUUACUGGCGGACGAAUACCCAUCUCUCAAGCAGCCAGCCUGUCCAAAUAUGUAUACCACGUGCGACCUCCAACUUACUCACUCUGGCAGUUUCAGUGUAGCGAGAAGCUCUUUUUCAAGACCCUUCCGUUCAUCAGUGCCGCAACCGACAGAAGAUGGGACAACUCAUUUCAACGUAUUAGGGGCCCGUGCCCUAUCUGCUGUGGUACGAGAGAUCCCACAACCCACCGACAGCAGGGAGUUAUCAGUAACGAACGAUUUCCCUCCUGAGUUAAGCUAUCCUCUGCAAAGUGAAGUGGUAGUGGAAGGAAAAAUGGACCCUUUAUCAAAUCACCAGCAUAAAACACCCAACACUACUAGGCAGCUUCACCUCCAGCAUACAAGUACUACAACCACGCAGCAAGGGUUUUAUCGUGAGCCAGUUUCGGGACCAUCCGAGUAUCCACCUAAAGUACUACCCCAAACCCUAAGCAAUUCUACCGCUAGGGUCCUCGAAAUGUCAUCUUCCGAUCCGAAAAGGAAUUCGGGCGCUCUCCACAAUCAGCUUUUGAGCCCUAGUUUGUCAGAAAACUGCAGUCGAAUAGCAGCGUACCGCUCAGAACCACUGUUUCCCGAUGACCUCUUAAAUUCGCAGACUUCUGCAAGUGUUUUGCAAUCUCAGGCCGGUGUUCCGUAUAUACCAGCUUGGCACCAAGGGACGAAAUUGUCCUACGAUCCCAUGAUCCAAACACCUCGUAAUCCCAGUCAGGAUGACCAUAGUGGCGUGUUCUGUCCGCCUCAAAAUUCACUGGACUCAAGAAGCAGUCAAGAUCGUAUAGCCUGUUCAAACUGGCGGGAUAACAUUCAAGUUCCUAGCCGUACACACAAAGAGCACAGUGCAACACAACGAGAUUCGAUAACUUUUGGUGUUCCAACUGACUCCGCUCUAUCCACUCUUUAUUCUUCAGAGACAGAUAGAAGAAACCAAGAAACUUUUCUACCGUCACUGGAGCGUGAAUAUAGGCACCCAUAUGGCUCGGAAGUUAAUGUAGAUAUCCUAGGAAAUGGAGAUCUUAAUAGGUCACAGUUUUCAUUUAUGUACCUGGUUAAUUUGGAGGACGAAAGUCCACCGCCGUUACUUACGAUCAAGGACGAUGGAACGCUUGAAUCCGAAACAACAUUCCUUGUCGAAAGACCUCCGAUUACUCCAAAGGCUUCCAAGGAAAUGAGUAUUGGGGGAGAACGACAUGAUCCUGACAGGCUAGAGGGAAGCAAUCAUGAAUGGGUUUCAUACGACAUUACUCGAACGUCGGAUAACCCAGUUAGACCAUGGGUGACCUCUGUACACGCUAUUGAUCAUCCCACAAGUGAAGAGCCGGAGAAAAUGCUGACUUCCACUGUUCAAGCGCCAAGCAGAUUCUACACCAGUAAACCAGAUAUUUCAAAACCGGUACCCCCAGUUCUGCCUCAGGACACUAAUGGACCAUUACCGAAUGAACUUAUCUCACAACUCAGUGACAUCGCCCCAGCCACAGUUGUUGACGCUGACGCUGUCGGUCCUGUAUUAAAGUCCAAGAGGUGCGCACGGUCCUCUACCAAAGGAAUUCAUUUAGUGAAACGCGCUGCUCAGAGCAACCGGGACGAUAUUCACGUCAAAACUUUCAUUAGUAGUGUGCCUAUGGAUCCAACGAGGGGCUCCAGUCGGAUGAAUCAUGGUCAGCGUAAGCGAUGUGUCGUCGCUAACAGACAUCCCCCAAUAAUCCUCCGUCUCUCUUCAGCUCAACCUCCAACAUCCACAACUCAAUGUGGGUGCAUGCAAAAAUCUGUCACAGACAUCUCGAACAAACAGGCCUCACAGCGUUUAACACGAUCACCACAUUGCUGUUGUGACUCAUCCCUGAACCAAGUGACCGAACAUUCGCAUCGCCCAAGAAUGGUGUCCCAAUGUUCACUUCAUGGCCCUAACGCCGGAAGCAACACUUUUCGGCUACUUGUGCCCGCCAUCCUCAAUGCAUGUCACGAUAGGUCUGCCUGCUCAGUUGAAUGCAGAACAUUUCCGCGGGUUCGUCUGCAGAUCACUCCCAAACAGUGUCUACAUGUUAUCAACGGGAAUCAUUCAAAGGACUGCGUGCAUGUGCGAGCGGAAAAGAACGCUAUAAAGGCCACUUCGUUACAGACUGCAGGAACCGGACUGCACAACGUUAUACACCGUGACCAUACUCGACGAGCCAAGGUGGUUGGCCAGCGGACACCAGAGUCAAUAAAUCACCGUCCCAGCUCGCAUCAGUUUCAUCGCAGCACUAGAACUGCUACGAAUGUCAAACCACCUCUGAGAAGUCAUCGAGGGCGACCUCGGUCGCCUCCUUCAGCGAAGUCUGGUUCUGCGGUUAUAAACCAAGGACGUCUUGGAGAUACAAAAAUAACCGUAACCCCGUCAAAUAGGUCGGCAUUUACACUUCCAAACUCAUUUAUUUUCGGUAGCAAAAGCGCGGAUCCAACGGACAUCCCCACCACAAAAUAUGAACCUACUGCUACCGGAGAUACAAAUGACGCAUCCUGCAAGCUUAGCAUGCGGGAAUCGAUCCUACGCAUGCUAUCCUUACACAAACUGAGUUCGCAGGAAGGCUCCUGUUGA